AUGAGCUAUGCGGUAGCGGCAAUCGCUGUUAAAUGGUGUGCAGGUCCACCCUUUUCAACUACCAGUCAUCGUCAAGCUACUGAAGCUCUAUCAACCUUAGGCAACGACGAAAACAAAAAGAACAGAUAUUGCAAAAAGAAGAUGAAAGUAGACAAAAGCACUCGACACGUACCGAAUUCCAGAACUUCCAUUCCGGUGGCGACUUCGUCAGCCAGCCUUCGCGGAGGAUUUCAGCCAUGCAAGACGGUGGCAGUGGCUUCAAACCCCGGAAGCAGGCGAAUUAUGAAUGGGAAAAAGAUUUCGAAACUGUUGAAACUUCGUUACAAGUUCGAAAAAGACGCAAGGAGCGACCAGAAGGGAGAUUUUAACGAAACGUCGAAUGACGGCGACCCGAUUUGGACAGACCUCGUUGUGGCACGUAACUCAGACAACAGCCGGAUAAACAGAAGUCGAGUCGAGGACCUCAACGAAUGCCAGAAAGUAGCUCGCAAGUCGCUUGCCUUCUGUCUCCUGAAAUCGCCUAUAUGCAAUUUUACGGCAUGGAACAACGAAGAAAAUCGCCUUUACAUGCGAAAUCCUUGA